AUUCAACUCGUUUUUGUCAAAAAUAAUAUGCCAAGUUAUUUAACAGUAUAAGGCUAGUUUCAGGGCAGGAUUUUCACACAAUUUAACCUAAUCUGUUCUCAUGGUUGUGACUAGAUAAGUUACCAUAGUGAUGGAGAAAACAUUUUUGAGAGUGUAUUCAGGACUGAACAUGGAAAAUCUAGGGCAGUGGUUGGCAAAUGGCGGCCCGUGGACAGGUGUCGUCUGGCCCGCGGAUGCCUCCUGGCAGGGCUGUAUCAAGGGCUGAGCGAGAGUGGAACUUCAUUUUAAUAUUACCGCUGUCAUGGGGGAUUCUCCGUAUGACCUUAAUAUAUAUUUUUUGCUAAUAAGCAGAAAAUGAAGUGUUUAGUAUGAGGCGCCGUUUGGGGCGUAAUCACUGAAACACCUCGCGCUCUAUACACUGAAACGUCAAACCUUGCGCCUAGACACUGAAACGUCACCAUCAACACUACAAAAACGAUGUGUGUUCAUGAAUAAUAUUUUUAUUCAUUUUCUACCAGUUUAAAUAUGCUUGAGACAGUGUUGUUUUUUCAGAAAUGGCAGUUUUUAAAGGGAAAUAAAACAAAAUCGUCAAAGUGUGAGUAUUGUGAUUGUUAUUUAUGUUUACCGGAGUAUUUAUACUUCUACAAAAUACAGAAAGAUAGUGCAUCACUGUUUUGUAUUUAAUUAUACAACGAGUUGAAAACUGCAAAGUUCAUGAGUACCACAGAGCGCUCUGAGCAGAGUUCUCCAUGGUGGAAAAAUCGACAGGUGCCUGCUUCAACCACUUUUGUAAUGACGUCUUUUCUGCUUUCUUUUUUGCUUCCAACCCGGGAAGUGACAUACCCAACAAUAAUUACUGAUUCAUUCCCUUAUGAGUUAUGAUUAAGGCCCUGUGAAAAUCCCGGAAAUUUUCUUUAAAAUUCACAGCAGUGUCACAGGUAAAGUAUCGUAUUUCGUGUAAUGUGCAUGGAACUAUUUUCUAAAUUAUGUGUACAGAGUAUUAUUAUUUUUUUAAACAUCAAAUAUAGAGAUAAAUGCACUGACAUGAUCAAAGUAAACGUCAACAUUAUUCAAGCACUUAAAAUAGCUUGUGAAACAGUGUUGUAAUUAACAUUUAUGCACCACAGAAUCAAAAAAUCCAAUGAUUUAAAUAGGUGACUUAAAUCGACUUGAUUUAAAUCAGACAACCCUGAUUGAACCAUUCACUUAUGUUGAACAAACACGAUUUAUGAACUUUGAUCGGCCUGGAAUGUGGUCUGUUUUUGGCUUCUUGUAACGUGUAAAUCCGCUGUCGUUUUCAGAGCGCGAUAUUGAAAACAGGUUUGUACAUUAUACUAGGACGUGGUUAUUGUUUUAAGAAUGUGUAGCAGUGUGGAGUAGUGGUUAGGGCUCUGGACUCUUGACCGGAGGGUCGUGGGUUCAAUCCCAGGUAGGGGACGCUGCUGCUGUACCCUUGAGCAAGGUACUUUACCUAGAUUGCUCUAGUAAAACACCAACUGUAUAAAUAUGUAAUUGUGUGUAAAAAUAAUGUGAUAUCUUGUAACAAUUGUAAGUCGCCCUGGAUAAGGGUGUGUGCUAAGAAAUAAAUAAUAAGAAGAAUAUUACCCCCGUGCACGCUACAAUAUAUAUAUAUAUAUAUAUAUAUAUAUAUAUAUAAGGUGUGUAAAUAAAAUAUGUCAGCAUUGUCUAUUAGGAAGUAACUGUUUUUGUUUCUUAAUGUUAAAUAAUUGGAAGAAGAUACACGGUGAUUAUUAAUUUUGUAAACUCACAACGCUUUAAACAUGUUAUUCUUACUUCAAUCAAUAUCUUUGGUUAAUAACCAUUAUACAAUCCUUUCGAAUUCGUGAACUUUUUUCUCAUGUAACAUUGUUCUACGCACCUAGGUGUAGAAAUAGAAACACUUCCUAUUGAGAUCAGAGAUUAUGAGCUGCUGUCUGUUUUUGAAUCUCGCCUAAAAAGCCACUUAUUUAAAUUGCCUUUUUUCUGCUGAUAUUAUAUUCUUUAUUUCUAAUUGUGUUAGUAUUUUGUAGAUCACUUUGUAUAUGUCAUGGUUGUUUUAGUGUUAUUUUAUCUGUUUUUCCCUUAUUUGUGAAGCGCUUUGAGAUAUUUGGUUAUGAAAGGUGCUAUAUAAAAUCAAGAUUAUUAUAAUUAGUAGUAUAUAUUAUUAUUGUUUAUUUCCACAGACAAGUGCCUCAUUCCCUGUUAUUGUGCUGAAAUGAAAAGUUCUUCAACAGUAAACAGAAGCCACUGGCAUUGUCAAAAGUGCAAAAGUACUAUUCAACGUCAACAUAACUUUAAACAACACAUAGAAAAACAUUGUAAGACAUUUAAAAACAAUAUAUCUACAACAACUACAUCUCUAUGAAACUCAUCAGGAAACCCGCUACACCAUGUUUGUUUUAUUAUUGUCAUCGUGUAUUUUGUAGUUAAGGCUAUCAUAAUGCAUAUGUAGGCUAUAUAUUAUACCAGCAAGUUUUAAAACAAGAAAAUAUUUACCUUAUAUAAAAGAUAAUGUUUCUGGAAGUGUAAAAUCAAUUUUCUAAAUACACAUGACAAUGGUAACGGGUCCCAAGCACAUUAUUAUAAACUUAAACACUGGUAUGAAUUACUGAAAGAUACGUAUUUGUAAAAUAACAUAACUGCCAAUAAAGAAAAUGAAAAGGAAACUGUGAAAUCAUAACAUAACAGCGACAGCGACCACUGUGACUUCACAGCGCUGAGUGGUCCAGACCACGGGCCACAGAAUGCUACAACCCCGUCUCGAUUUAAAUCAGACAACCCUGAUUGAACCAUUCACUUAUGUUGAACAAACACGAUUUAUGAACUUUGAACGGUCUGGAAUGUGGAAUGUCUAUUUUUGGCUUCUUGUAACGUGUAAAUUCACUGUCCUUUUCAGAGCGCGAUAUUGAAAACAGGUUUGUACAUUAUACUAGGAAGCGGUUAUUGUUUUAGGAAUAUUAACUGUCUACAAUAGCACCUACACAUGACUGAAGGUUUGGGACAUUUUUGAGUAAUGUUAGUAGUAAAUCAUUUUACACAGUUAUUAUUUGUUUUGUCAUUUGAUGACAAUCAGCACCGUCAUUAAAAAUUGGUCUAGGGUAUGCAAUCUGGCUGUGGGUGUGGUGUGUUUUUAAGUGAAUGAAAUUCCAAUGCAUUUAGACCUUGACGGUUAGGCUGUAUUAAAAGAGGCUAUUACAGUUCCAGGACUGAGGUGCUGCAGCACUAUUGAGCAUUCCUCUGACAGUCAUGAUGGUGAAGGGAAGUUUGCGCUGGACGGCUGUUGCCAGCUUCCAUUCCCUCAGAGUUGUAACUGGAAAGGGGAACGAUCUGCGAGGAGGUCCUGUGCGUAGCUGCCACAGCGCCACCAGCCCCCACCUCUCUCCUGCUGCCAGCGGUACAGUCAGGUCCUAUGAUGAGAUUCCAGGCAACUGGAGGAGCAGCCUGGCCAGUCUGUAUACUUUCUGGAAAUUGGGUGGGCUUAAGAACAUUCAUCGGAUAAUGGUUAACAAUUUCAACACCUUUGGGCCCAUUUAUAGGGAGAAGGUUGGGUACUAUGAGAGUGUGAAUAUUAUCAACCCUGAGGAUGCUGCCAUCUUGUUUAAAGCAGAGGGACGCUACCCUAAAAGACUGACUGUGGAGGCCUGGACCGCCUACAGAGACUACAGGAACCGGAGAUAUGGGGUCUUGCUGAAGAAUGGAGAGGAUUGGCGAUCCAACCGAGUCAUUCUGAAUAAGGAGGUGAUCUCUCCACAAGUGGUGGGGAACUUUGUGCCCCUCCUGGAUGAAGUGGGGCAGGACUUUGUCUCCCGGGUGCACAAACAGAUAGAGAGGAGUGGGAAAGGAAGCUGGACGGCAGAUCUUUCACAUGAGCUCUUCAGAUUUGCACUUGAGUCGGUGAGCCACGUGCUGUAUGGGGAGCGGCUGGGAUUGCUGCAGGACCACAUCGACCCUGAUACCCAGAAGUUCAUCGACUGCAUCACCCUGAUGUUCAAUACCACGUCACCCAUGCUGUACAUCCCGCCUGCCCUACUGCGGAGAGUCGGGGCCAAGGUGUGGCGAGACCACGUGGAGGCCUGGGACGCCAUCUUCAGUCACGCUGACCGAUGCAUUCAGAACAUCUACAGGAAGUUACGUCAGUCUCCUGAAAGUGAGGGGAAGUACCCUGGAGUCCUGGCUAGCCUUCUCAUGCUGGACAAGCUGUCCAUUGAAGACAUCAAGGCCAACGUGACUGAGCUAAUGGCCGGAGGGGUUGACACUACUUCCAUUACCCUGUUGUGGACCAUGUAUGAACUUGCCAGAUACCCCGACCUGCAGGAACAGCUGCGGGCUGAGGUUCAGGAUGCCUGGGCCUCUUCACAGGGGGACAUGAUCAAGAUGUUAAAGUCAAUUCCUUUGGUUAAAGGAGCCAUAAAGGAGACGCUGAGGCUGCACCCAGUUGCUGUGAGCUUGCAAAGGUAUAUAACUGAGGAUAUUGUGAUCCAAAACUACCACAUUCCAUCAGGGACUCUGGUGCAGCUAGGGCUCUACGCUAUGGGGCGGAAUCCACAGAUUUUCCCAAGACCUCUGCAAUAUAACCCGGCCCGCUGGCUCAAAGGGGAGAGCCACUAUUUCAAAAGCCUUAGCUUUGGAUUCGGUCCCCGGCAGUGUCUGGGCCGCAGGAUUGCAGAGAUUGAGAUGCAGCUCUUCCUCAUUCACCUCCUCCAAAACUUCAAAAUUGAAAAACAAAGGCAAGUGAACGUCGGGAGUACCUUUGAACUGAUCAUUCUUCCAGAUAAGCCGAUCUUACUAACCCUGCGCCCUCUGCAUUAGAAGAACGGCAAUGACAAGACAAGGCUCUUGGGCUUCAUGUCCUUAUUUACUAUUCAGAGGAUGAGGUUGGCUUCUGUCCAGGAUUUCCACAGAACAGGCUGGUUGCUUUGAUUCUUGUUUAAAUGUUUUGAAAAACAAUAAAAUGUUCUUUGUACAA